ACACAGACCAGAAGCGUCAUUUACCCAACUUCCAUCAAUUGGUGGUCUUGUGGGAAAGAGGAAAAACCCACGAAAACACAAAGACCCAUGCCUCCCUAACGGCCGCGGAGAGAGAGAGAGACAGAAAUUUCCAACGAACCAGAGAGAGAAAUUCCAACGAACCAGUGGAAUACAGUGGAAAGAACAAACCCAAAAAAAAAAAAGAAAAAGAAAAACCCAGGUGCCAAACCAAAAAGUCAGCUAUAGAUUGAUCGACCAUCAAUCAAGAUUCGAUCAAGAAAAUGGCCGGCGGCAACGGUAAUGGCGGGGGACUGCGUUUAAUCGUGUCGGAUUUCGCGAUAUCCUUCAUGUGGGUAUGGUCGGGGGUGCUGUACAAGAUGUUGGCGUACGACGUCCUAGGGUUCCACCACCACGACGCCGCGGGUGAGGCCGUCAAGUAUGCUCUCUCCAUCGUCAACAUGUUCUUCUUCGCCUACCUGGGUAAGCUUACCAAGGGUGGGACCUACAAUCCCCUCACCGUCCUGUCGACCGCCCUCUCCGGGGAUUUCUCUCAGUUCCUCUUCUCUUUCGGUGCCAGAAUUCCUGCUCAGGUCUUGGGAUCUAUUAUUGGGGUUAGGCUCAUUAUUGAGACCUUUCCUGAGGUACACGGGCCACGUCUGACUGUUGACUUGCAUCGAGGUGCACUGACAGAAGGAUUUCUGACAUUUGCCAUUGUGAUCAUCUCACUUGGGCUUUACAGAAAUAUCCCCGGAAGUUUCUAUAGGAAGACUUGGAUCUCCAGUGUCUCCAAGGUUGCUCUUCAUAUACUUGGUUCUGAUCUAACUGGUGGUGUUAUGAACCCAGCCUCUGUAAUGGGGUGGGCUUAUGCUCGAGGGGAUCAUUGGACCAAGGAGCACAUACUUGUUUACUGGCUUGCCCCUAUUGAGGCAACUCUAUUGGCAGUAUGGGUAUUUAAGUUGCUAUUCCGGCCGCUCAAAGAAGACAAGGCAAACAUGAAGAACAAGAAGUCGGACUAAAGGGGAUACCUACUUUGGAAUUCAAAUCUGUAUAUAUGUGCAGAAAGUCAGGUUGCAGUAUCCAAAAACCCACCAGGACAUCGGUCAGAAGGAAAUCACUCUUCCUGCAAUUGUAUUGUUUUCAUCGCAUCCAAUAUGUAAGCAUUGAGUUAUUGAUACAAGCAACUGGUUCUCUC